UCCUCCUCCCCGGCGGCCUCUUCUCUUCUGUGGGGAGGAGGCCUGGGAAAGGCCGCAGAGGGAAGGAGGAGGCCGGCUCUGGUCGCCACAAUGAGGCGGCGGCGGGCCUCCCCUUUCCCCUCCUGGGGCCGGGAGAGAGGCGGUCGUAGUCGCCUUGGGCCCGGUUUAGGCUCAGGCCGGGGAAUCUAGGGAUGGCCGGGAGAGGAGGAGGGCCGCAGUCUCCCUCUUGCUCCCCGAAGAGGCUCCUCCGAGGCGCCUGAGUGAAGGCCCUUCUCCUCCGUCCCUCUUUAGCCUCAUCCUCCCGGGCAGAGAGAGAGCAGAGAAUCUCUUCAGGAAAUGGCCACUUCAAAAUCCAUGUUGAAUCUUCUGACCUUUUCUUUUGGGUCAGCUAUUGGGUUUUUCAUAUGUUAUCUGCUAUUUAGUUUAGUAUUGGAAGAACAAAUUCAGGUUGAACCUCACAUCCUUUACAGUGAUCCUCAUGGACAUCACUUGAAUGAUGAUGAAAGAAAUCAGCUGAAAGGACAAAUGAAUUUCAAUGCAGAUGUUGGGCAGCAUCAAGAUGAAAAAAAAUAUAUUGCUGAAGAACUAUACCAGAAGGUAAAAAUCCUUUGUUGGGUGAUGACUGGUCCUCAAAAUCUGGAAACAAAAGCUAAACAUGUCAAAGCUACAUGGGCCCAGCAUUGCAACAAGAUGCUAUUUAUGAGCUCUGAAGAAAACAAAGACUUCCCAACAGUGGGAUUAGAAACCAAAGAAGGUAGAGACCAGUUGUAUUGGAAAACCAUUAAAGCUUUCCAGUAUGUACAUGAUCAUUAUCUUGAUGAAGCAGACUGGUUCAUGAAGGCAGAUGAUGACACUUACGUUGCACUGGACAAUCUGAGAUGGCUUCUUUCAAAAUACAGCUCUGAAAGACCUAUUUAUUUUGGAAGAAGGUUUAAGCCAUUUGUGAAACAGGGCUAUAUGAGUGGCGGUGCAGGCUAUGUGCUGAGCAAGGAAGCUCUGAAGCGAUUUGUGGAUGCUUUUAAAAAUAACAAAUGUACUCAUAGCUCCUCUAUUGAAGACUUGGCAUUAGGCAAAUGCAUGGAGAGCAUUAAUGUAGAAGCUGGAGAUUCCAGGGAUACAAGUGGCAAGGAAACCUUUCACCCAUUUGUGCCAGAGCAUCAUUUAAUCAAAGGAUACCUACCCAGAAAUUUUUGGUACUGGAAUUAUAACUAUUACCCUCCUGUGGAGGGUCCUGGCUGCUGUUCUGACCUGGCAGUUUCAUUCCACUAUGUUGAUGCCACUACUAUGUAUCAUUUGGAAUAUUUGAUUUAUCAUCUCCGUCCUUAUGGUUACCAGUUCAGGUACAAUCCUGAUUCUCCUAAGGACUCAGGAAAGCAAAAUUUAAGCGAAACAGCAAAGGGUGACGUAAAGUCCAAAGCAGAACAAGAAAUCCUCUGAAAGCCUCUGAAUAAAAUACUUCUUAGUGCACUGAAGAAGCCUUAUGAGAUGGUGAACGAACAUAUUUAGCUUACAGUAACUAAAUGGGUUUGCUAAACAUGUAUAUCUGUAUUUUAAAAGUGUUCCUUCAAGUGGCUGCCUACUACAGAUUCCUUUCUAAUCUGAGGGGAAGGAUGUUUCACAUGCCACGAGACUGCAAGGUCAAAUCUAUAAAGUUUUCUAUAAAGCAUCGUAGGUCCUUAAUUUUGAUUAAUUCAGAUACACACAAACCAUAUAUUGAAACUCUUGUUAUCCAGAUUCACCUGUGAACAUGCAGUAUUUUAGUCCUUUUCUCAUGCGAAUGCCUUCCGUUUACUAAGCCUGGUACAUUAGAUGAUGACAGAUACUUUGCUAAAGAGAUUCAAGUGUGAAUGUGUUUUUAAGAAAAGUCUUUAUAUAAAAGAAAUUCAAGUGUGAAUGUGUUUUUAAGGAAAGUCUUUCCAUAAAAUAGAUUCAAGUGUGAAUAUAUAUGUUUAAGGAAAAGCUUGUCCCACAGUCAUCUUUCAAGAAAUAAUCCUUCUGUAUAAAGUUUGCAUUUAUAUUUGCAUUUAGCAUUUGUAAAAUUAUGAAUAGUUUGAGUUUCGCAUGUUAUACAGAUGAGUUUCUUGUUUCAAAGAAAAUCAGUACAGUUCACACUGUCAGAAGGAUAGCAGAAAUGUGGAUGAAUACAGAGAACUCAUUAAUGGAAUGAGUGCUGUCUUACAAGAUGAGGAGUGAAUAAUCUUUUGACUGCUAGGGCUAUAUAUGGUUCCAGCUGGUGGGACUACACCACCUCAUGCUACAUAUCCAACUCAUUGUGGGAGUUUCAUUUCCUUCCCACUCCCUGAAAUUGGUGAGAUAUGAGGGAUUUGGCACCUUCCAUCACCCAGUGAUCCUGACUAACCACAUUACCGCACUACACUCUUAAAGUGCUGCUAUUCCACUUUUACUGCUCUGGCUGCCUCCUGUUGCAUUCUGAGGUUUGUAGUUCAGUGAGGCCUAAAACCUCUCUAGCUGAUAAUUCUAAAUGCCUUCCUUAAACUGCAAACCCCAGAAUUCAGCAGGCGGCAGCUAGAGCAGUUAAAGUGGAAUAGCAGGGCUAUAAGAGUGUAGUGCGGCAAUCUAUUAAGAAACAACAGCCUCUGCUACAUUGAGUUCGGGUUGCAGGGGAGUGGAUAGCCUUUCCCCUUCCCCAGCAAUUCUGAUCAAGAUUGCUGUCUCUUGGCACUGUUAGAAAAAAUGGCUGAUAGGCUGUGGAUAACAGUGGCUUGGAAUCAGUCCACUUGAAGAGUAGACAAGGCCCACAAGUGGCUAAGAGGCCACAGGUUGCCUGUAUGUGCACUAGACAAACAAAUUAAAAAUGUAUUCAAAUGAACUUCCUCAUGCUGCUUCUGGAAAAUAAAUUACUGUGAUAAUAUAGGUAGUGGCAGGACAGUCAUAGCCCACAUAUUUAUGUUAGUUUGGUACUAUUUACUCUCUUUUUUACAAUUCAACUGAAAAGCCAUUUUUGUUGUUUUUGUUUAAAAUCUGGACUUGCACCAAGAUAGCUAUUGCUUAAGCUGGAAAAUGAGGCUGUGUUGCUUGUCCAGUACUUCAGGUGUUCUUUAAUUUCUGUUUAGAGGUAGAUGCCUGUAAUUAUUUUGAUGAGUUUGAACAGUGUGCCUGUUGCUUGUGUGACAUUCACUGGUUCAUUUAAACUAUGAUUUCCCUGUGUAUUUGAUUGUCUUACCUAUUAGGCCAACUUUAAACAAAGCCCCUGCCAACACAUGAAGGAGCUGUAUACUUUGCGCUUAAAUAUGAACCACAGUGCAAUUUUCUGGUAUUAAUUCUGCCCUCUCACUCAAUAUGCUGUGUACCGAUUUGGCCUAGUAGUUUCUCAUUUUGGUAUUCAGACUUUUUUCACUUAAUUGUCAUGCUGAAAGUGAGCAAUCAAGGCAUGCUUUCUGUCUUGAGUUCAUCAUAUUGAUGUUUAAAUUGAGAUUAUGUACUUGAUGAUGUGUACUAGUUGAAAGUCUUGGUGAAGCAUACUAAACUUAUUGCAAUUUGUUUUUUAAAUGAGUGGGGACACUGGACCAGAACUAGUGUCUUCCAAAAUUGUUUACUUUAUAGUUGCACAUGUGCUUUUGCCUUUCUGACAUUAAAACAUGUGAUGACACUGUCUAUUGCUCAUAAUGAAUGCAGUACACUCUUAAUAUUUCAUUGUAAAAAAGCAGGGUGUGCCUCACACAAGAAGAAUAGACUAGAUAUUCUCUUAUUUAUUUUAUAAAUUUGGCCUGUGGAGGGGUUCUGAAAACUGGAAUUAACAGAAUGCUGCAGACUCUUUGCUUUGCUUUUGUUUCUGAGUUGUUGCUUCACUUUUAGAUCAAUUAUGAGGAAGAAGUGCAAAAGUGAUAAACAGACCUGUCAAACAGUUCUUGUGGCAGAUGUGCUGCCAAGAUUAAUAUUAAGCUAUUUUGCUUAUUUAUAUAUUAGGUUUAAGCAAGUUGUUGCCAAUACCAAAUGUAGAGUACUCCCAAGCAGUUUUUGACAGUAAGAAUGUGGAAGAAGUGAUGAGUUAUCGUGGGAUGGUCACAAACUGAAGAGUAUUGUCUGGUUCUCCUGUAAAAGCCCAAGAAUAUUGAAGGGUAUUUCCACUAUAAAAACCUCUGGAAGCCCAGUAGCCUGUUCUCCAGCCUAUUAGUAGUCUCUCCUCUUGGCUUUAGUGGCAUUCAUCUAUUUGCCUAUCUACCUCAAAGCACCUGGUGUCAAUUUGCAGGUGCUCUAGUGAAGUUUGUUGCUAAUCUGAGAGAAAACUGAACUGUUUGAAGGAUUUUUUGCUUCAAGAAUGAUAAUAACUGUUGUUAUUCACUCAUGAGUCCAAAUGGUUAAGGUCUGCCAGACCAAAAUGGAGUCACCCCAAAAUUUCUUCUAUAUACCUUCUAUAUACCUUCUAUAUACUUCUAUAUACCUGCAGGUCUGUUUGGGUAUAUAAAGGUAUAUUUAAUAUAUCAGUGUAUAUAUACAUAUACAGUACAUAAAACACAUCCCCCUCUCCCAUUCCAGAUGGGUGGAAACUUAAAAUGACAUCUGAGAGAAAUGAGUGGGAAGUAGAAAGUAGAGGUAGCAGGGAUGAAGGAUUUAGCCUAUACAGGGAUGUUCAAAGAAUAAAGUAAAGGGGAAAGGAUGCCCUUUUGCAUUUUCCCACUGUAUAACAAUAAUGUUGUGGUUCUAGAUUCUCAGCCCCUAACCUGAGCCAUCCAGUACUGUAGGGACAUAGGAAACUGUCUUAUAUUAGUUCGGACUGUUUCUCCUUCCAACUCAUUGGUGUCCACUCUGAGUAACAGAAACUUCCUAGUUCCUUUGUAUUAUGUGCUUACCUGAUCCUUUUAGUACCACAGUGGAAGGCCUCAGUGGUCUGGGAAAAGUCCAGUUUUUCUGUUCCCUGCUCUGUGCUGUUACUGCCUUCUCCCCAAGCUGCUUAAAAAGGACUACAAGAUUUCUUUCCCAAGAUGACUGGAAUCCCUGAGCAGGAGGAGCCUUCUGCAUAACACAUCAUCCCAGAAAGUUCCCUAAUGCUCAUGAAUAUCUAUCCGCACAUGCAUGAGGGCUGUAGUGAAUCUCUGCUAUGUAUGCAUGAUGGUACAGGCAUCGUUCUUUAGUGUAAAGUUCAAAGAAUACAGCUGAACCAACUACACACUUUUCUGACCAGGGGUGCCUUUACUCUGAAUGGUUAUAACCUGUCUUCUGAUAAACAUAUUGCGUUAGGGUUCAAAUUGUUCUCUACAUCUUCAUCACUUUAUUUAAACAUCUAUCUCUCGUGUUAUGUUCUGUAUAGACAUGCAGGAAAGAAUGCAUUUGCCAAGUUCUGAAGCUAGACUAUUUAUAAUCUCUUACUGCAUCCUUGUUCUAGGUGGUGCAGGUUAUAUUGCUUAAUUUAAGCUCUGAGCAUUUUUAAUCAUGCCAAAGCUUGUUAUUGUCUGAUGGCACAAAAUGUCUUUCAGUUAUUGUUUAUACCGAAAAGCUCUACCUUGUAGAUUGGCAUCAAUUGCAGUACUGAACUUUCAUCUUGAUCUGUUUUGCUUUUGUAUUUUUUGGCAUAAUAUGUAAUGUGCUUGCCUCCAGUUUGCAUGUCAAAACAUUCCAGUUCUGGUGAAUAUUACCUAACCUGUUUAAUUUUCAAUCACUUUUUUAAAAAGGUUUCUCUUAAAAAUGUUUCUUACACAUUUGAUACCAUCAGCAGUGUUGAAAGUACUUCAUUGUUAGCGAAGCUUGUGAAAGUUACUUUUUUUGUUCUAUAGCCCUCAGAAUCCCUUCAGCACUAUUGGCCAUGCUGGCUGGGAGAUUCUGGAAGUUGUAAUCCAGAAAAGUAACUUGUCCACAUACUGUAUAAUUUUUUUAUAUUGUAUUGUACUUUUCUUUAGUAUCUUUGACAUCUGAUUUGAGUGGAAUCACGAAGCUGAUACGAGGUUAUACAGUACUGUGGACAAAGUACAAAUUGACUCCAUCUUUGCUUUUAUGUAUAUUUUAAAAUGAUACCAUAUUCAGCAGGUUGUAAGCUUUAUCUUGGUCUUCUGCUAAUAGAGAAAAUGUUGCGAACUGUCAUUUCAUAGAGCAACUUUCCUUAAUGUAUAUUAUAUACAACAUAGUAUAUAAAUCUUCCUGGAAACACAUUCGAAACGACAUAUUAACUGCUGAAUGGCAUGUUAAUGUUAAAAAAUGACUUUUACAUGACAAGACCCAUUUUUUUCACAGCAAAUAGUGGUUAACGUGUUAGUUCAUGUGAUCAACAAAUGAAUGUUUUUGCAGUAUCAUCUUUGAAGUGCCUUUUACUGGUUCUAGCAAUUAAUUUAAAUGAGAAAUGCACCAAUAAAAAUAACCACAA